GCCGUGGCAGCAGCCGAGGGGAGCGAGUUACGUACGGAGUGCUGUUAGCUGGAGGAAGAAGCUGCCUGCCAACGUCACCCUCGGCCGCAGAGCGCCGGCAGCUGAACUAUGUGCUCCUCCAGGGCGGGCACCAUGUUGCAUUCAGCUCUGUACCCCCAGCAUCUAGCAGUCUUGGCAUGUAGUAGGCACUCAAGAAAUGUGUGUUGAAUGAACGAUGCCUGUGACAAGCAACUGGACUUUAUUCUUUCCUGACCCUUGCUCCUAUGGCACACCUCUUCUGCCACUGUCACCCCUUCAGAACAGAACUUCUCUAGGGAACCUGGAAGGGAAACAGCUAUGGCCAAGGACAUCCUGGGUGAAGCAGGGCUGCACUUUGACGAGCUGAACAAGUUGCGGGUGUUGGACCCCGAGGUAACCCAGCAGACCAUAGAGCUCAAGGAAGAGUGCAAGGAGUUUGUGGACAAAAUUGGCCAGUUUCAGAAAAUAGUUGGUGGUUUAAUUGAGCUUGUUGACCAACUUGCAAAAGAAGCAGAAAAUGAAAAAAUGAAGGCCAUUGGUGCUCGGAACUUGCUCAAAUCCAUAGCAAAGCAGAGAGAAGCCCAACAGCAGCAACUUCAAGCACUGAUAGCAGAAAAGAAAAUGCAGCUAGAAAGGUAUCGGGUUGAAUAUGAAGCUUUGUGUAAAGUAGAAGCAGAACAAAAUGAAUUUAUUGACCAAUUUAUUUUUCAGAAAUGAACUGAAAAUUUCAUUUUAUACCAGGAAGGCAAAAAAGCCCCCAAACCAAAAAACCUCUGUACCAUUCCAGUGACUUGACUAAUGACCUACGUCAWGACAAUGUGCAAGGAACACAGCCCUCUGAAGGCAGUAAUGCAGUCCAGGGGUAGGACUGGAAUGAGUGAGUGAACAGCUACUGCCAGUGGCCAUGCUGGGCAGGUUCUCACCUCUUACAUUCUUAGUAGGAAUGAAGCAGUCUGUAAACUUUGAUCCUCUUUUUUGUAAUCUUACAAAGCUUUGGAAAGAAAAAGCAAUAAACUAUUGUUUUCAAAUGGC